AUGACCGAGACCAUCCUAAUCCUGGGAGGAUCGCUGGCCGGCCUCCAUGUCGCCCAUGCGAUUCUCAAGAAGCGAUCUAAGAAUGUAAAAGUCAUCAUGGUGUCAAAGAACUCGCACUUUUACAUGAACUUGGCCUCUGUCCGGGCCAUUGUCCCCGGUCAAAUCAAGGACGACGAGCUCUUCACGCCUAUUGAAACCGCCCUCUCACGGUACCCUCGAGAAUCAUGGGAUCUCAUCAUCGGAACGGCCGCACACGCCGACUUCGAGAACAAGACAGUCGAGAUCGUUGUCCAUGAUGACAGCACUACCCGCACCAUCUCCUAUGACCAGCUGGUUCUUGCGACCGGCUCCCGCUCCGCCGAUCCCUCCAUGCCAUGGAAGGCCUCGGGCAGCUACAAGGACGCCGUCGCAAGCGUGCACAAGACCGCCGAGCAGGUCCAAGCCGCCCAGCACAUCGUGGUCGCGGGGGCCGGCGGCACAGGCAUCGAGGUGGCCGGCGAGCUGGGCUACGAGUACGGCAAGACGAAGAAUAUUGUGCUGCUGUGUUCCGGCGACAAGCUCGCCAACGGACACGGCAUCGCGACGGACGCCGCCAACGAGCUCAAGAAGCUCAACGUUGCCAUCAAGUACGGCGCCCGCGUGCAAAAGACGCAGCCUACCGCCCAGGGCAAGACGGACGUGGUCCUCUCCGACGGCGAGACCAUCACGACGGACCUCUACCUCCCAACCAUAGGACUGAUCCCCAACACCGAGUACAUCCCCACGCCGUACUGCAACUCCGACCCUAACAGCCGCACCGUGCUCGUCGACGACUACCUGCGGGUGCGGGGCGCUGAGGACGUGUGGGCUUGCGGCGACAUCGUGGGUAAGCCGCGUGCCGGCUUCCUUAUCACGCAGGCGCAGGCAAAGACCGUGGCCAAGAAUAUUGAGGCCGCCCUGGGGGGUGCGAAACCGAGUGUGCACAAGGGCAUGCCGGUGGAUGUUUUCGUGUGCUCCGUCGGCCGCUCCAGAGGUGUGGGCCGGAUGAACAACUCAAUCAAGUUCCCGAGUCUGAUGGUCUGGGCAAUCAAGGGCCGCACGCUGGGGCUGAACUAUGUUGAGAAGUAUAUCGGUGGCAGUAUCGCCUGA